AUGGCUGCUACCGGUCGUCUUGCAAUGCCGGCGUCUAUGCCAUACAACUCUUCGACGACCUCGAUGCGUCUCCAGCCAUCAGACCAAGCAUCUGCAGAAUAUAUGAAGCCCCAUGAGGCCGUUGCGUCACUACUGGAUCUCAAGUCCGGUGGUGACUAUCUACGAAGCCCAUCUGACCAUAUGAUGGAUGGGAAACGUCUUGAGGACGUAACUAUUCAUUCAGAUCGGAUUGCAGAACUUUUUACCGGGUUCUUUACAUACUAUCACCCAUUUCUACCUUUGCUCGAGGCACAGAAGUCUCCAGAAGAAUACUAUGAUACCUCCCCUCUUCUCUUCUGGGCCAUUCUUGCCGUUGCUUCUCGCCGAUACCAAACUGAUUCCUCUCUCCUCAGUGCUUUAUCUGGUCCAGUGCUACGACUGGUAUGGAGCACUCUCGCAGAUGUUCCGCAAAGUUACCAUGUCGUCAAGGCUUUGGCAUUGCUCUGCACAUGGCCUUUCCCCACCAGCAGCACUUCCACAGACCCUACUUUCAUGCUUUGCGGCAUGAUGCAGCGUAUAGCACUUCAAAUAGGCUUGCAUAGGCCAUCUCACGCCCAGGAUUUCUCAAAGUACAGGGUUGAGUUGAGAGAAGGCGAAUUAAACGAUAGGGUUAGGACAUGGGCUUUUUGCAAUAUCGUUGCCCAGCGAGUUUCAACUGGGUACGGCCAGCCGUCAUCAACACUAUUUGAUUGCACACUCUCAUCGACAGAAGCAGAUCUAAGAUUGCCUUCUGAAGUCAAAGUGCGUCUGCAGAUUGAAAAGUUCUGUGAUAAAAUAUCACAGAUGCUAUAUAGUAACCGCCGGGAUCCAGUGGGCGUAUUAAGUGAUACGGAGAGAAAUGUGAUGGCAUCGGUCCUAUCUAAGGACUUUGAAGAUCUAGAGUCUCAGGUCCGGACAGAGACAAACUCUAUAACAAAUGUCUACUUACGCGCUGCUGGCCUCCACCUUCAUCUCUCUAUUUUCUUCGAAAACCCAACCACAAAGGACUACCGUCAAGGCCUAUCAUCCCUAUAUCUUGCAACAACCGCCUUUCUUGAGGCUGCUUUUGGGCUUGAAACAUCCACAGGCCCCGUCUUAUCAUACUGCUCCAACUAUGUCUACCAGAUGGCCCUAGCAGCAGGCUUCAGUCUUUUCAAGCUGUGUAACAGCUUCUUUGCUGCCCAUAUCGACAUGAGCUACACCAAAACGCUGUUCAGCCGCACUAUAUCGGCACUUCGCCAAAUGUCCGUUACUAACAAUGACCUUCCACAGCGGUUAGCCGAAGUUCUAGCUCAAAUGUGGCGGAUGAAUAGUGUUGGGAGCCGAAACGAGCAGUCCCAAAGCCAGAAGCAGCAGGGAAACCCCAGCCAUUCUGAAACGGGAGACUCGCUGAUGUUAAAGGUUCGCUGUAGAAUGAGCAUGUCACUAGUUUUCGACUCUGUCUGGCGAUGGCGAGAAGAUUUCCAAGCCAGGGGGAAGAACUUUGAGGUAUACCUCAAAAACCCAACAAACCCUGACUCUGGUGCCGACUCCUCAGCCUCAUGCUCCUCUACUGCUGUCAUUCGUACGGCCACAUCUACUCCUGCACCACCUGGACCAGAAGGCUUAAGCACGAGCUCAACCGCUGAUCCCACUCUCACUUCGCCAGCCUUGACAGCUGCUCCUGCAACAACGGGGCCUGGCUCUUCGUUAGCUCCAUCGUUAGGUGCCCUCAACUCGGCCUCUCUUUCAAGCGGCUUCCUAGAGCCAAACUAUGAAGUGUUCGAUCCACUGAAUUGGAUGCUUGACGGACUCGUAGAUUUUCCUUAUUUGUAUCCUGGCGCGCAAGGGUUGGAAGUGUAA